AUGGCUCCCGGAAAGCGCCCAAACUUCCUCGUAAUCGUCGCAGAUGACCUGGGCUUCAGCGAUAUAGCGUCCUUUGGCGGUGAAAUUAACACACCACAUCUGGACAAGCUUGCCCAAAAUGGCCUGCGUUUCACAGACUUCCACGCCGCAGCAGCUUGCUCCCCAUCACGCGCAAUGAUCUUGACUGGGACCGACCACCACAUCGCCGGUCUCGGCAAUCUCAUCGAAUGGACCAACAUAAGUGGACAGAACGAUCCCAAGGGCGGCAUGUCUACGGCCCCUCAACGAGGAAUGCCUGGUUACGAAGGCUACCUCAACGAGCGCGUCGCCACGCUGCCAGAGAUCUUGCGAGACGCCGGCUACCUUACUUUGAUGUCGGGCAAGUGGCAUCUUGGCCUCACCCCGGAGCGAUCACCCAAGGUGCGCGGCUUCGAGAAGUCCUUUGCGCAUCUCCCAGCCUGUAGCAACCAUUACGGCUACGAGCCGCAGCUCGAGGGCGCGGACCAGAUCCCUGAAUUUAUGACAAUGUCCUUCAUCGCAUUGCACAGCGAGGACGGUGAAUAUGUCAGGAAGUUACCCGAGGGAUGGUAUUCUAGUGACGGGUACGGGGAUAAGAUGCUAUCGUACCUCAAGGAGUGGAAGCAAGAGAGCGAGGGCAAGGCGGAGGAAGACAAGAGACCGUUCUUUGCCUAUCUUCCAUUCACCGCGCCGCAUUGGCCAUUGCAAGCGCCACAAGACUACAUCAAGAAUUACAGAGGCGUUUAUGACGACGGCCCAGAUGCGCUGAGGCAGAAGCGCCUGCAGCGUCUCAAGGAGCUGGGCAUGGUGGACAAGGCUGUCGAGCCACAUCCCGUUGUGGCCGACGAGGUAAAGGAGUGGGCCGAUAUGAGCGACGAGGAAAAGGCAAACAGCUGCCGUGCCAUGGAGGUGUUCGCAGGCAUGGUGGAGUGUAUAGAUGCAAAUGUCGGCAAGAUUGUCGACUACCUUGAGUCUGUGGGCGAGCUGGAAGACACAUUUGUGUGCUUUCUUUCCGACAAUGGCGCUGAGGGGGCGGCAUAUGAGGCGUAUCCUAUUGUGCAGGGGAGUAUGAUCCAGCAUCUAAAGAAGUACUACAACAACCACAUCGACAACCUCGGCAACGGUAACUCCUUCAUCUGGUACGGCCCUCGCUGGGCUCAGGCCGCAACUGCUCCAUCGAGGUUGUACAAGGCUUACACUACGGAAGGGGGCGUCCGCGUGCCAUUCAUGAUGAAGGUGCCGAAGGAGUGGGAGGGAAGCAUUGAGAAAGGCGGCAUCACGCACCAAUUUAGUACCGUUAUGGAUCUUGCGCCGACGAUACUAGACAUGGCUGGCGUUAGGCAUCCUGCGCCUGUUUAUCAGGAAAGGGAAGUUGUCAGCAUGCGAGGGAAAAGCAUGAUGCCUUACCUCAAAGAAGAAGUCGGGAGAAUCCAUGAAAAGGAUUUUGUGAAUGGGUGGGAGACGUGUGGGCGGGCAGCGGUGCGCAAAGGCGACUGGAAGAUCGUGUUUAUCCCAAAGCCUAAAGGCCCAGAGAAAUGGCAGCUAUACAAUCUGGCCAGAGAUCCGGGAGAAAUCCAUGAUCUGGCGGAUCAAGAGCCACAGAGGCUGAAGGAGCUUAUCAAACUAUGGGACCAGUAUGUGCUGGAGACUGGAGUGGUUCCGCUAUCAAAGGACCUGGGCAACUGGAUGGCGGCGAUGGAAGAGCAGAUGCCUGAAAACGCAUGGAUCGAAUAUGAAUACUGGAAGGACGGAGCCAGGGAAGACCCGGCCAAGUUCACCAAGAAAGUACCAAGAUUUGUGCGACAGGUCAAGGCCUUGUAA